AUGCGUAACUUAAUUACAUUGAAUAAGGGACGAUUGAGACCCGUAGCCACAACGGCCAUCGAAGAUGAUUCUCAACAAUCAUUUCAACUAUUAGAUAGUUCUUUUGACACCAUAUCCGACAGCAUAACAUGUGUUCUUGGAAAUUUGGAGAUGGGUCUUAUUGAAGUGCAAAGAUUUAUGAAAAAUGGGGAAAAAAAUGUUCUAGCAUCAUUCAAUAUUGAAACUUUUAAUGAUAAACUACUGAACUUUAUGCAUUUCGCUGAUAUUAAUCAACUAGUGUUCAUAUUCCAACAGGGGGACAUCGUUACCGCGACAUAUGACUCUGUGACGUACGAUCCCGAAAGUACUAUAGUGGAAAUCGUGGGGUCCAUAGAUAAUGGAAUUGAUGCUGCUGAAUGGUCAUAUGAUGAAGAAACAUUAGCUUUGGUGACGAGAGAUCGUAACAUGGUUUUAUUAAGUAAGUUGUAUGAACCAAUUUCCGAAUAUCAUUUAGAAACUGACGAUCUCAAAAUAUCUAAACAUGUCACAGUUGGUUGGGGUAAGAAGGAAACACAGUUUAGAGGGAAGGGGACUCGUGCUAUGGAAAGAGAAGCUCUAACGAGUUUGAAAGCUUCUGGUCUUGUUGGGAAUCAAUUGAGAGACCCUACAAUGCCCUAUAUGGUCGACACUGGGGCCAUCACUUCAAUGGAUACACAUGAAGUCACCAUCUCAUGGAGAGGUGAUUGUGAAUAUUUCGUCAUUUCAACCAUUGAGACUGUAGUGGACCCUGAUGAUGAAACUAAUAAUAUAGAGAGAAGAGCUCUUCGAGUUUUCGCUCGUGAUGGUAAACUAGAUAGUGCCUCAGAACCUGUUACUGGUAUGGAACAGAACGUUAGUUGGAAACCUCAAGGUUCGUUGAUUGCUUCUGUUCAACGUAAGACCUUUUUGGCUGAUGAAAAUUCCUUAGAUUUGAUAUUUUUUGAGAGAAAUGGGUUAAGACACGGUGAAUUUAAUACAAGACUAUCUCUCGAUGAACAAGUUAAGAGUCUGUGUUGGAAUUCCAAUUCUGAAAUUCUUGCUAUCGUUCUGAAUAACAGCAUACAACUAUGGACUGUGAAGAAUUAUCAUUGGUACUUAAAGCAGGAAGUAUAUUCUCAGGACAUCCAAUUCGUUAAAUGGCAUCCUGAAAAGGACUUCACUUUGAUGUACGGUAAUGAUAACUUCGUAAACAUUGUUGAUUUCGCUUAUAAGAUGACACAAGGCCCAACCUUAGAACCCUUCGAUAAUGGGACUUCUUUAGUCAUUGACGGUACUACAGUUAACAUUACACCAUUAGGUUUGGCCAAUGUUCCUCCACCAAUGUCUCUGAGGGAUUUUGAAGCUCCUGACAAUGUCAUCGAUUGUGCAUCUAAUUUAGCUAGUGAAGUAUUUGUGGCGUUGAACAGGGAUUCUCUAAUUUUUGCCAAUGUUCCCAGCUUGGAUGCUUUAAAAAAGGGCAAACAUCCAAAUGUGGUCUCUGAAUUCCCCAAGAGUAGUUUUGCCACUGAAGUUGAUUCGUUACGUCAAGUUGCAUUUAUGAACGAUUCGAUUGUGGGUGUUUUAUUGGAUACGGAUAAUUUUUCUCGUAUUGCUCUAAUCGAUGUCCAAGAUGUGAGUCAACCAGCAGUUUUGAACAUUGUAGAAAUAUAUGAUAAGAUCAUUCUUCUAAGAACAGAUUUCAAUUAUAAUCGUCUAGUGUAUGAAACUCGUGACGGUUCCAUCUACGAAUUAGAUGCUGAAGGCCAGUUAAAACAAAUAACCCAAUUCCCACAAUUAGUAUAUGAUUUCAGGGUCAAAAGAGUUCAUAAUCAACCAUCAAGCACUGAAGAGCAAUGGGAAGGUGAAAGUUCCGAACUUGUUGCGUUUGGUAUUACAAAUAACGGUAAGUUAUUUGCCAAUCAAGUUCAAUUAACCUCCGCUGUGACAUCAUUGGAAAUUACUGAUAGUCUUCUAUUAUUCACUACCGCUCAACAUAAUUUACAAUUUGUGCAUUUGAAUUCCACUCACUUCGAACCACUUCCUGUCGUAGAAGCCGAUGUUGAAGAUGAAAGAGUUCGUGCAAUUGAAAGGGGUUCGGUAUUGGUCUCAGUAAUGCCUUCGAAAGGUGCCGUCGUAUUGCAAGCACCUCGUGGUAAUUUGGAAACGAUCUAUCCAAGAAUUAUGGUACUAUCGGAAGUUCGUAAGAAUAUUUUGGCCAAACAGUACAGGGAGGCAUUUGUGCACUGUAGAACCCACAGAAUCAAUUUGGAUAUUCUUCAUGACUAUGCACCUGAAUUGUUUUUUGACAAUUUAGAAUUAUUUAUUAAUCAAAUUGAUAAGGUCGACUAUUUGAACUUAUUUAUCUCUUGCCUCACUGAAGAAGACGUAACAAAAACCAAAUACAAGGAAACCAUAAACGUAGGUAUCUCAAAUUCAUUUAAGGUGGCCGAUGCUCCAUUAACGGAAAUGCAAGAAUACAUGAAGAAGAAAAUGUUUGACCCAACAACUUCAAAAGUCAACAAAAUUUGCGAAGCUAUACUAGAUAUCUUAUUAAGCAAGGAAGGGUACAAAAAGAAAUAUAUUCAAUCAAUUAUUACAGCAUAUGCCACUCAAAAGCCACAAAAUCUAGAAAAGGCUUUAACUCUCAUUGGCUCCAUCGAAGACAAAGAAGAAAAGGAUUCAUGUGUUACCUAUCUCUGUUUCCUACAGGACGUCAAUUUGGUAUACAAGGUCUCUUUAUCCUUGUAUGAUAUCAAGUUAGCAUUAUUAGUGGCUCAAAAAUCACAAAUGGACCCUCGUGAAUAUUUGCCGUUCUUACAAAACUUGCAAGACAAUGAGCCUUUACGUCGCCAAUUCUUGAUUGAUGAUUAUUUGAAAAAAUAUGAGAAUGCCCUAGAUCAUUUAAUGGAACUUGAAAAAUCCAAUGAAGGUGUUUCUGAUGAAUUUCUCGAAUACGUUCAAACCCACGAACUAUACAAGCAUGCCCUAUCGUUAUAUAGAUAUGAUGCUAAGAAACAAAACGUUGUCUAUGGAAUUUUUGCAAAAUAUCUUUCAUCAAGACAAGAUUAUGUGGAAGCCGGUAUUAUAUAUGAAAUGUUACAUGAAUUCAAAGAUGCUAUGGAUGCGUAUGUUCUUGGAAAGAAGUGGCGCGAGGCUUUGUAUAUUGCCAGUGAGAGAUUUCCAGCUGAAGUCAAAACAGUCGCUGAAGACUUAGUCUCCUCAUUGACUUUUGAUCAUAGGUACGUGGAUGCUGCCAAAAUUGAAUUAGAUUUCCUAAACAACGCAGAAGAGGCCAUGACACUAUACUGUAAGGCAUAUCAAUAUGAUACAGCAUCUCUCAUCGCAACAUCUAAUAAGAUGCCACAAUUAAUCGAAAAAGUUGUAGACCCUGGAUUAGGGGAAGGAUUUGGUGUGAUCGCCGAAUUACUAGCUGAUUGUAAAGGACAAGUUAAUUCUCAAUUAAAGAGAUUAAGAGAGUUACGUACAAAGAAAGAAGAGGACCCAUACGCAUUUUACGGACAGGAAACCGAACAAGCAGACGAUGUGUCAAUUGCACCAUCGGAAACAUCGACAAAAGAGUCAUUUUUCACAAGAUAUACUGGUAAGACAAGUGGUACCGCAAAAACAGGUGCGUCGAGGCGUACUGCAAAGAAUAGACGUCGUGAAGAGCGUAAGAGAGCCCGUGGUAAGAAGGGUACCAUUUAUGAAGAAGAGUACCUUGUUCAAUCUAUUGGUAGAUUACUUGAAAGAUUAAUUCAAACUAAACCGGAUGCUGUUAGUUUGAUUGAAGGUCUCUGUAGACGUUGUAUGAGGGAACAAGCGUAUCAAAUACAGAAGCAUUUUGUCGAUGUGUUGGAAUUGCUGAAGGAUAAUGUUAAGGAAAUAUAUUCUAUCAGUGAAAAAGACAGAGAAAGAAUAGACGAAAAUGGUGAAGUUUACUAUUUACCCGAAAUUCCUAUCCCCAAAAUUCCUGAUUUCUCUGUAAACAAGAUCGUUGACUUCUGA